AUGAAAAGCUUGAAACAAGGAAGUAAGGAGGUUGUGGAAUAUAUAAGGGAGUUUGAACAACUUAAGAUAAGAACAGGGGUGAAGGAAGCUGAAGAGCAUACUAUUGCAAGAUUCAUGGGUGGUCUGAAUUCCUUGAUUAUUGAGAAGAUGGAGUUGCAGCCUGUGUGGACAUUUGAAGGUGCUUGCAAGCUGGCCAUUCAGCUUGAGAAGCAAAUAAAGAAGAAGUCAGCCUACAAGCCCAUUCCUAAACCUGUUGUAGCUGCCAAAAAUCCUAUCUUUAAAGAAGUUAAUUCUGGAAAAGAGAAGGUUGGAGAAGGGUCCAAGGAGCCUAAGAAGAGAUGUUUCAAGUGUCAUGGGUAUGGACAUUUCCAAGCUGAGUGUCCCAAUCUGAGGGCUCUCACUCUGAAAGAAGUUGAAGAACUGAAGGCCGAAGCUGAGUUUGAAGAUAAGUGUACUUAUGAUGAAGAUCCCAGUGAAGAGGAGUUUGGUGAAGCUGAUUUUGGUGACAUGUUGGUAAUUAGAAGAGCAAUGCACGUUGAUGAAGCUUCUGAUGAUAAAGCUCAAAGGGAAAACAUUUUCCAUUCAAGGUGCACUAUCAAAGGAAAGGUGUGCAGUCUGAUUAUUGAUAGAGGAAACUGUGCUAAUGCUGCAUCUACCUAUAUGGUGGACAAGCUGGGUCUUUCAACCACCAAGCACCCAUACAUACAAUGGCUCAGCCCAGGCAAUGAGGUAAAAGUUAAUCGCCAAGUAGUUAUUCUUUUUUCUAUUGGUGUUGUUUAUCAAGAUGAAGUUACUUGUGAGGUUGUGCCUAUGGAAGCUUGUCAUUUACUAUUUGGUAGGCCUUGGUUAUAUGAUAAGUAUGUGUACCACAAUGGUCACUUAAAUACUUACUCUCUGUUUAUUAAUGGGAAGAAAGUCGCACUGACUUCUCUAAAACCCAAUGAGAUUAUUAAGACUGAAUCAAGUACUAGGGCUGAUAGAUCUUUAUUUAUGAGUCAAGCUGAUGUUGAAAAGGAAUCAGAGAGUGGUACUUCUGUUUUGCUGUUACUUAUGCUUGAAAAUGGUGAAGAUAAGGAGUGUGAAGAAGUCCCUAGUAUAGUUAGAACUUUACUUGCUGAAUUUGCUGAUGUAUUUCCAGAGGAAUUACUUGCUGGUUUGCCACCUAUUAGAGGGAUUGAGUAUCAGAUUGACCUGAUCCCAGGGUUAAUUCUUCCUAAUAAAGAUACUUAUAGAUGCUCCCCUAAUGAGGCUAAUGAGUUACAAAAACAAGUAGAUGAGCUGAUUGCUAAAGGCUAUGUUCGAGCUAGCAUGAGUCCUUGUUCUGUUCCAGCUUUAUUGGUGCCAAAGAAAGAUGGUUCUAUGCGUAUGUGUGUUGAUAGCAGAGCCAUCAAUAACAUCACUAUCAAGUAUAGAUAUCCCAUUCCUAGAUUGGAUGAUAUGCUUGAUGAGUUGCAUGGGUCUAGUUUAUUUUCAAAGAUAGAUUUGAGAAGCGGAUACCAUCAGAUCAGAAUGAAGGAAGGAGAUGAGUGGAAAACAUCCUUUAAGAUUAAAGGUGGGCUGUUUGAAUUGCUUGUCAUGCCAUUUGGACUAUCUAAUGCACCCAACACUUUCAUGAGAAUAAUGAAUGAAGUGUUGAGGCCUCUUAUUGGUAAGUUUGUGGCUGUGUACUUUGAUGAUAUCCUGGUUUAUUCUCAGUCUGAGAAGGAACACCUGUAA